AAGCGAGGAUAUGUAUAAUUGGCAUUCAAUUAUUCACUUAAAAGAUGUCAUAUUUUCAUUUUAGGCAACGAAGCAAUAGACGUUAUUGUGAUGUCACACUGGUAGCAGAAGGACAAAAAUUUCCUGCACAUCGAGCAAUUUUAGCUGCAAGUGGCAAUUAUUUUGACACUAUGUUCAGUAGUCAGAUGAAAGAGGAAUUUGAAAGAGUGAUCAAAAUUAAAGAAGUAACAAAAGUUGCAAUGGAGCAAGUGAUCACUUUCAUUUAUACAAACAAAAUUUUAUUAUCAGAGGAAAAUAUUGAUGAAGUUUUGCAUGCAGCUUCACUGAUGCAAGUACAAGGUGAUAUUUGACAUAAUUUUCUUGGUAAGGGAAUAAACGAUUUUCAUGUAUACAAACACAGUCGGCACAGAAAUAUUGUCUUAUUUCGUCCGGCGCCGUGGC